AUGAAGCCCAAUGCCUCGCUACGCCUAAGGGCUCUUCGACAGGUCACACCUGGUAAUCGUUUGUCUCUCCCCGCAACGGCGAGAUGGCAACAUUCCCGGGCCAUGUCGACCGUGGUCGAUUUCCAACCUCGACCAUCGCAGCCGCCUCCUCCCCCGACCGGAGCCCAUGAUGCAGUCGAGAAGCAGCGGGCUGAGAAGAGCAAGCAGAUUCUGCAUGAGGCUGUCACUGCGACCCAGGUUCGACAUGACUGGACCAAGGAGCAGAUUGCGGCUAUUUACUAUCAGCCUGCUCUUGAACUCGCAUACCAAGCUAGCACCGUACACCGUCGAUGGCACAACCCCGCCGAGGUACAACUGUGCACCCUGAUGAACAUUAAGACUGGCGGUUGCACCGAAGACUGCUCCUAUUGUGCUCAGUCAACCCGUUACCAAGAGGGCACAAAGGUUCCUGCCAAGAGAGUCGAAAGCGUCGAGAGCGUACUGGCAGCUGCGCGAACGGCCAAGGAAAACGGAAGCACUCGAUUUUGUAUGGGCGCUGCAUGGAGGGACAUGCGCGGGCGCAAAAACAGCCUUAAGAAUAUCAAGGCUAUGGUGGAGGGCGUCAAGGCUAUGGACAUGGAGGUUUGUGUCACACUGGGUAUGAUCGAUGCCGAGCAGGCGAAGGAGCUCAAGGCAGCUGGUCUCACGGCGUACAACCACAACGUCGACACUAGCCGCGAGUUCUACCCGUCUGUCAUCACAACGCGCAGCUACGACGAGCGACUGCAGACCCUGAGCCACGUCCGCGAUGCCGGCAUCAAUGUAUGCUCAGGUGGAAUCCUAGGUCUCGGCGAGAGCAGCGAAGAUCGCGUUGGUCUUCUUCACACGGUCUCGACGCUUCCAAGCCACCCGGAGAGCUUCCCGGUCAAUGCCCUGGUUCCCAUCAAGGGCACACCGCUGGGUGAUCGACCCGUGGUUGAGUUCACGAGUAUGUUACGGACCAUUGCGACGGCCCGCAUCAUCAUGCCCUCGACCAUCAUCCGUAUCGCCGCUGGGCGCAAGACUAUGUCGGAGGAGAAGCAGGCCCUGUGCUUCAUGGCGGGCGCCAAUGCCAUCUUUACGGGUGAGAAAAUGCUCACGACGGAGUGUAACGGCUGGGAUGAGGAUGCGGCUAUGUUUGGUCGAUGGGGACUUGAGCCCAUGAAGAGCUUUAAAAAGUCGCCUCAGCCAGCACCUGAGGUGAGGGUUCUGUAG